UGAGCAAGAGGUGAAAUGGCGCAGAAAAGAGUUAAGCUGGAACGGGAACCCUUCUCUUGUUCCAUCUGUCUGCAUCUACUGAAGGAUCCGGUGACUACUCCCUGUGGACACAGCUACUGCAUGAACUGUAUUAAAAGCCACUGGGAUGAAGAGGAUUGUAAGAACAGCUACAGCUGCCCUCAGUGCAGGAAGACGUUCACACCGAGGCCUGUCCUGCUGAAAAACACCAUGUUAGCAGUUUUAGUGGAGGAGCUGAAGAAGACUGGACUCCAAGCUGCUCCUGCUGAUCACUGCUAUGCUGGAGCUGAAGAUGUGGCCUGUGAUGUCUGCACUGGGAGAAAACUCAAAGCACACAAGUCCUGUCUGCAAUGUCUGGCUUCUUUCUGUGAGAAACACCUUCAGCCUCAUUAUGAAUCAGAGACAUUCAAGAAACACAAGCUGGUGGAGCCGUCCAAGAAGCUCCAGGAGAACGUCUGCUCUCGUCAUGAUGAGGUGAUAAAGAUGUUCUGCCGUACUGAUCAGCAGCUUAUCUGUUAUCUCUGCUCUGUGGAUGAACAUAAAGGCCACGACACAGUCUCAGCUGCAGCAGAGAGAGCUGAGAGGCAGAGAGAGCUCGAGGGGAGUCGACAAAACAUCCAGCAGAGAAUCCAGGACAGAGAGAAAGAUGUGAAGCUGCUUCAACAGCAGGCGGAGGCCAUCGAUCGCUCUGCUGAUAAAGCAGUGGAGGACAGCGAGAAGAUCUUCACUGAGCUGAUCCGUCUCCUGGAGAAAAGAAGCUCUGAUGUGAAGCAGCAGGUCAGAUCCCAGCAGAAAAGAGAAGUGAGUCGAGUCAAAGAGCUUCAGGAGAAGCUGAAGCAGGAGAUCACUGAGCUGAAGAGGAAAGACGCUGAGCUGAAGAAGCUCUCACACACAGAGGAUCACAGCCAGUUUCUACACAACUACCCCUCACUGUCACCACUCAGCCAAUCUACAUCCAGCAUCCAUAUCCAUCCUCUGAGCUGCUUUGAGGACGUGACAGCAGCCGUGUCAGAAGUCAGAGAUAAACUACAGGACGUCCUGAGAGAGAAGAGGACAAACGUCUCACUGACAGGGACUGAAGUGGACGUUUUACUGCCACCACCAGAGCCCAAGACCAGAGCUGGAUUCUUAAAAUAUUCACGUGAAAUCACACUGGAUCCAAACACAGCAAGCACACGGCUGUUAUUAUCUAAGGGGAACAGGAAAGCAACAUUCAUGUUGCAACAUCAGCCUUAUUCAGUAAUGAGACAACAACAGUCUGAGUCUAGUCACCCAGACAUAUUCACUGAUUGGUGGCAGGUCCUGAGUAGAGAGAGUCUGACUGGACGUUGUUACUGGGAGGUGAAGAGGAGAGGGAGAGGAGUUGUAGCAGUCGCAUAUAAGAAUAUCAGCAGAGCAGGGAGGUCAGAUGAAUGCGGAUUUGGACGAAAUGACAAAUCUUGGGCGUUACAUUAUAACAACAACAGUUAUACAUUUUGUUACAACAAAGUCCAAACUCCUGUCUCAGGUCCUGAGUCCUCCAGAGUAGGAGUGUACCUGGAUCACAGUGCAGGUAUUCUGUCCUUCUACAGCGUCUCUGAAACCAUGACUCUCCUCCACAGAGUCCAGACCACAUUCACUCAGCCGCUCUAUGCUGGACUUUGGUUUGAUUAUUGGUCUCCUGGAGCCUCUGCUGAGUUGUGUAAACUGAAAUAGACAGAAGUCAUUUAAGGGUUAAAUUCUGUGUUUUAACUCU